AUGUAUUUAGGUAGAAGCAAACGUAGAACAAGGAAAACACUGCCGAAUUUUUCAAAUGUUCAAGCUUUUGAUUGUAUGCCCCAAAACGCGACUUUUCCAAUGAAGAUGCUAAAUUCACAAAUUUUAGCUGAAAACAACACAUGUUAUCUUAAAGCAUCGUUUGAAGUGUUGGAAAAGCUUCCGACCAACUUAGAGGUUGAAUUAACUUACAUCAGAUGCAAUCCUGAUCAAAGUGGAUGUCAACCAUACGGAAAAUUGAUCGUUUCGAAAUUAUGUGAGAAAAUGAAAGUCAAAACUUCAGUUGCUUCAAGAAUUGUCAGAGGAAUUUCCCCCGAAUUCAUUUGUCCAAUCAAACCUGGAACUUAUGAAAUAUCGAAAGAUUUGAAGUUUCUCCAGACUAUGCUUUUGUUAUCAAGAACCUCAGUUGAAGGAUAUUCGUGGGGUGGACGUUGUGAAUUUUAUGAGAAAAAAGAUCGGAAACGAAUCAGAACAAUUUUUUGCGUAAGAACUGAAGGUGCUCGUCUUGGAAGUUCUCUUGGUAAAUUCAAGUAG